CUCUAGGUGCUUGUAGCUGCGGCGCUGAGCUCGGGGUGUCUGCGUGUGUGUCGGCUGCUUUUGUGGCGGCUGCUGGUGGAGCUGGAACAUUUCCCGAACAAAAGUCUAAACUUACAGAAGAAUGCAAUCAAGUGAUGGCUUUUUCUUUAGAAUCUGAAUAUGGAGGCCACAGGAACAGAUGAAGUUGACAAGCUAAAAACUAAAUUUAUAUCUGCUUGGAACAAUAUGAAAUAUAGUUGGGUGUUGAAAACAAAGACAUAUUUUAGUAGAAAUUCCCCUGUAUUAUUGCUUGGAAAGUGUUACCAUUUUAAAUAUGAAGAUGAAAAUGAACUGUUACCUGUAAGCUCAGGAUGUACAGUAGAAGAUCAUGUGAUUGCGGGAAGUGUAGAAGAAUUUCGUAAAGACUUCAUUUCAAGAAUAUGGCUUACCUACAGGGAAGAGUUUCCUCCAAUAGAAGGCUCAGCUUUGACAACAGACUGUGGUUGGGGCUGUACACUAAGAACUGGCCAGAUGCUGUUGGCUCAAGGACUCGUACUACACUUCCUUGGUAGAGCUUGGACCUGGCCUGAUGCUUUGAACAUUGAAAAUUCAGACUCUGAAUCAUGGACUUCCAACACUGUAAAAAAAUUUACUGCAUCAUUUGAAGCAUCGCUUUCAGUGGAAAGAGAACUCAAAACCCCAACAAUUUCUCUGAAGGAAACAAUCGGGAGAUAUUCUGAUGAUCGUGAAAUGCAAAAUGAAAUUUAUCACAGGAAAAUCAUCUCUUGGUUUGGUGAUUCCCGCUUGGCUCUCUUUGGUUUACAUCAACUAAUAGAAUAUGGAAAGAAGUCUGGGAAAAAAGCUGGAGAUUGGUAUGGACCAGCUGUGGUUGCUCACAUUUUAAGAAAAGCAGUUGAAGAAGCAAGACACCCAGAUUUACAAGGAAUAACUAUUUAUGUUGCGCAAGAUUGUACAGUUUACAGUUCUGAUGUAAUUGAUAAACAGUGCACUUCCAUGGCCUCUGAUAAUACAGAUGACAAAGCUGUUAUUAUUCUAGUUCCUGUUAGACUUGGUGGAGAAAGAACCAAUGCCGACUAUUUAGAUUUUGUAAAGGGUAUUUUAAGCCUUGAAUAUUGUGUGGGUAUUGUUGGUGGCAAACCUAAACAGUCAUAUUACUUUGCUGGAUUUCAAGAUGACAGUUUGAUUUACAUGGAUCCUCAUUACUGCCAAUCUUUUGUAGAUGUCAGCAUAAAGGAUUUCCCUCUUGAGACAUUCCACUGCCCUUCUCCCAAAAAGAUGUCAUUUCGAAAAAUGGAUCCUAGCUGUACAAUAGGAUUUUACUGUCGAAAUGUUCAGGACUUCAAACGAGCUUCUGAAGAAAUCACUAAGAUGCUGAAAAUUUCUUCUAAGGAGAAAUAUCCCUUAUUUACUUUUGUAAAUGGUCAUUCCAGAGACUAUGAUUUUACAUCUACUACAACCAAUGAAGAAGACCUUUUCUCAGAGGAUGAAAAGAAAAGAUUAAAAAGAUUUAGCACAGAAGAGUUUGUCUUGCUGUAAAGAUUAGCACAUUUGUGCUUGAUGAGAAGAAAUCCUUUGAAGGAAGCAAAAUGAAGAGAAACAAGUAUACUUGAAACUGGUUUAUUUUCACGAAUACCUUAAUUUUGUACGUUCUUUAAAAAAAGAACAUUUGAAAAUAUACAAGUUUUAAAGAUAUUUUUUUGAAAGAGAAAUGAUUCAGU